CACGACGAGACCGUGUUAUAGAACACUACUUGAAUCGAUUUUCAAUGUACACUUGUCACGUCUAAUCGCUCUUAUUCAGACCAAUUGCAAGUUGUGUCAUCCAAGGAGAGUGGAGUUAUUGCAAUACGUACAAAGAACAACCUCAAUUCAUCAACCUCAAUUCAUCAAUGGCUGCAGUUUCUUUUUCAUCAGCCAUUCUCACACAUAGAAACACUCAACUUCCUCUUUCUGUCUCGUUCACUAACUUCCGCCGCACCACUCGACUCGGUUUCCGAAACCCGAAUUAUUAUCAGUGGACAUCAUUUACAUACGUACCGGGUCCCGCUUCGGAUUACUCCGUUACCGAACCAGACCCGAAAGUCGAGGGUUUGGGUCAAGAGAAAGCUGAAACGAAAGAUGCGAUAAAUUGGGGAUUGUUAUGGAGUUUGCUAUCGAAACAAAAAUGGAGAGUUGCUCUUUGUAUUUCUGCUCUAGUUGGUGGUACCACCUGUACACUUUCUAUGCCUCUUUUUUCAGGGAGGUUUUUUGAGGUACUUUCGGGAGCAAGACCCGAGCCUUUGUGGAGAAUAUUGAGCAGGAUUGCCGUUGUGUAUGCUUUAGAACCAGUUUUCACUGUGAUAUUUGUGGUAAAUAUGAACAAAAUUUGGGAGAAGAUUAUGUCUAUUCUAAGAGCUCAAAUAUUUAGGAGAAUGCUUGUUCAAAAGGUGGAGUUUUUUGACCGUUACAAGGUUGGGGAAUUGACUGGAUUGUUGACAUCGGAUUUGGGGUCCGUAAAAGACAUUGUCAGUGAAAAUGUUUCAAGGGACAGGGGGUUCAGAGCAUUAUCUGAGAUUUUUGGAACGAUAGGCAUCCUGUUCACUCUCUCACCACAACUCGCACCAAUACUGGGUUUGCUGAUGCUGAUUGUCUCUGUUUUAGUCGCUGUCUACAAACGGUCAACUAUGCCCGUCUUUAAAGCUCAUGGGUUGGCGCAAUCUUCUAUGUCUGAUUGUGUGACAGAAACUAUUUCUGCUAUUCGCACAGUGAGAUCCUUUGGUGGGGAAAAGCGCCAAAUGGCAGCAUUUGGUAACCAGAUUCUUGCAUAUCAGGCUAGUGGUGUUAAACUAGGAACUUACAAAUCUAUCAAUGAAUCAGUGACUCGAGUUGCGGUUUAUGUAUCUUUACUGGCCUUGUAUAUCCUUGGUGGAAACAAAGUUAAAGCGGGUGAACUGUCAGUUGGAACUGUGGUUUCUUUCAUUGGAUACACCUUUACUCUUACAUUUGCUGUUCAAGGCCUGGUUUAUACUUUUGGAGAUCUUCGUGGAGCUUUUGCUGCUGUUGAAAGAAUUAAUUCAAUUCUUUCUGGCGCAGAAAUUGAUGAGGCUCUUGCUUAUGGUUUAGAAAGACAGAUUCACUCAAAAAAUGUCGAGGAUGAAAAGUUGAAGUUAUUUGCGGUCAAUGGAUUUGAUGAAAGGCAACAAUCUGAUCAUGUGCGUUACAUGUCAGCCAUGGGCUCACCCAGUAAUUUGUUUAACAUAGUGCGGUCUGGUGACAUUAAUCUUGAAGAUGUGCAUUUUUCUUAUCCAUUGAGGCCUGAUGUUGAGGUCCUUAAAGGUCUUAACCUUACAUUGAAUAGUGGCACUGUAACUGCUCUUGUGGGAUCAAGUGGCGCAGGGAAAAGUACUAUUGUGCAAUUGUUGGCACGAUUUUAUGAGCCCACCAGCGGUCGUAUAACUGUUUCUGGAGAAGAUGUUAGGACGUUCGAUAAAAGUGAAUGGGCUCGUGUUGUCUCGAUAGUGAAUCAAGAUCCAGUACUUUUCUCCAUGUCUGUUGCAGAGAAUAUUGCAUAUGGUCUACCUGAUUCUGAUGUGAGUAAGGAUGAUAUAGUUAAAGCAGCUAAAGCAGCUAAUGCUCAUGAAUUCAUCAUAUCACUUCCACAGGGUUAUGACACACUAGUUGGUGAGCGUGGAGGUCUACUGAGUGGGGGACAAAGACAGAGAGUUGCUAUUGCCAGAGCACUUCUAAAAAAUGCUCCAAUUUUGAUUCUUGAUGAGGCUACAAGUGCCUUAGAUACAGUAAGUGAGCGUUUGGUCCAGGGUGCUUUGAACCAUCUUAUGAAAGGAAGAACAACAUUGGUAAUAGCUCACCGAUUAAGCACAGUCCAGAAUGCCCAUCGUAUUGCGCUUUGUUCUGAUGGCCGGAUAGCAGAGCUUGGCACCCAUUUUGAUUUGUUGUCAAGAGACGGCGAAUAUGCUUCACUUGUUGGAACUCAGAGGCUUGCUUUUGAGUGACUUUUGGGUUUGAAAAUAUUGUAUAUUUUGUUCCCCUACGCAGCUAUGUCUCCGUUCCAGAGGUACAUUGCAUUACGAUUAUUAGGAAAAAAAAGUUACUAUUACUGAAAUUGGAGCAAUGUAUAAAGGUUAUUAGUAUGAAAUUUUAUGUAAGUAUAUAUUAUUAAUUGAUAAUACAAAAAAUUUUAAAAAUAAUAAAGAUGUUU